UCUUGUAAGCUUCCUUUUUGUGUUUAAGCUCACUGAAGAUUUCACUGUUAAGCCAAGCUGGUCACCUGCCAUAUUUGCUAUUCUUUCUGCACAAUGGGAUGGUUUGUUCCUGCACCCUCAAUGAGGCUUCCUCAAAAUACAUCCCUGACCCCAGGGCAACUUGCAGCCAAAUGUCAGGUCCCUGUUCCGGAGCCUGGUGGCAGAGUGGUUGUGAGCCAGCCUAGCCCCUCCUCCCCCCGGCUGAAUGGCAUGUGAUUGGCGUGCGACCCGGUGACGUUUCACAGUAACAGGUGGGUUUCUGGUGGAGACGCUCCGGUCCCGCUUUCAGGCUUCUGUCUGCAAAUGUGGCACCUUUGUGAAAAUGGAAGCCGAGAUUUUCCGCGACCUCCUGCCCGAGUAGCUGGGGCUAAAGCGAAGCACCAAAUAGCCGCAGGUUUGCAACACACCAGCGAGAGCUGAGGACAGAGCCACCUAUUUUCCCAAACAUGAUGCCCAGCGCAGCUGAUGUGGCCUGAGGCAGGCACUUGGCCGGGGGAAUUUUGGCCUGGAUGGGUUAAAUUUGGCCACUGAGAAUGGGGUGUUGCCGCGGGAAGCCUCCGCAGCUGUUCCUCUGGAGUCACUGCCAGUCUCCCGGCUGUAACCCUGGGGCCGGCAGAGACAGGCCCCGGCACUUGGCGAGUGGCCGCAGGGCCGCCUUGACCAUGCCGGGUGAACAGGGGACCUCCCAGCAGAGCCAGAGCAGAAUGGGCAGGGAUGGACGGGGCCCGUUCGGGCAGGGGCCUGGGGAGAGAGACUGCCUGGGGGGGGCUGGGUAGGUCCCUGGCUCGGAGGGCCCUCCCGUGGGCAGUGGCUCCCUGGGCAGACAGGCUAUGGGCCUGGCCAGCAUCUGCCCUCGGUCUCCUCGUGCUGCGAGGGGCUCGGCAUGCCCCAGCCCUCCUCCAGAGGGGCCUGACCCCCAGAGCCGCAGUGGGGAGCCAGGCCUGCCUUUCCCUGCAGGAGUCUCACCAGACAGCAGCCGACUUCCGCCUCUAUGUGGAGAACCACACACGGCACCUGGACGAGGUGAGCCGCCGGCACGUCCGCGUCUACCAGCUGUACAGCCGUAGCAGCAGUGGGCACCUGCAGGUCCUCGGCAAGCGGGUCCGUGCCAAUGGCGAGGACGGCAACAAAUACGCGCUGCUCGCCGUGGAGAGCGACACCUUUGGGAGCCACGUUCGCAUCAAGGGCAAGGAGACGGGCUACUACGUCUGCAUGGACAGGAGAGGGAAGGUGCUGGGCAAGCUGGAUGGGCGGAGCCAGGGCUGUGUCUUCGUGGAAGAAGUCCUGGAGAACAACUUCACAGCCUUCAUGUUGGCCGGGCACCGGGACUGGUUCCUGGGCUUCACCCGCAAGGGGCGGGCACAGAGGGGGCCGCGCACCCACCGGACCCAGCGCGAAGGGCACUUCAUGAAGAGGCCCCCCCAGGGCACAGGGGGCGAGGGGCAGAGCCCAUUCCGCUUCACCGCCCUCACGCCUCGGACUAAGCCGGCCCUGGGGCCCUAGAGCCAGGGGCCCGUGCCCAGCCGGUGCCCCCAGGACAUGCCGAGAUCAGCACGGCGAGGAGACGGGCUCCCAGCAUGCAACGCUCCCCCCGCCAGGCUGGCUUCAGAGCCGCGGGGGCAGAACUCCCAGCAUGCAGUUCUGCUGCUCCGGCCACGCCAAGGAGGGGUGGGCUACCAGCCAUGGGGGCGGGACACAGGCUCUGCCCCACAUGCCAGCUGGCUUGCAGCAGUGCAUGCUGGGAUGUCGGUCCCAUGGGCUGGACACGGGAGAAGGAAAGGUUGUGGCCCCACAGCGCAGGGCAUGGCUGGGCCGGGCGCUGCUGCCCCACAGCUCGUGACAGCCGGGUCACCCCACACGCCGCACAGGGAGCCGGGCACUGCCCCACAGCCCGUGACAGGCAGGUCACCCCACACGCCGCACAGGGAGCCGGGCACUGCCCCACAGCCCGUGACAGGCAGGUCACCCCACACGCCGCACAGGGAGCCGGACGCUGCCCCACUGCCCGUGACAGGCGGGUCACCCCACACGCCGCACAGGGGCUGCCCCACAGAAGGGCUGGUUUCGUCCUGCCAGAGGGGCAGGCACAGAGCACCAGGCUGCUGUUAAUUAUUGUUACUAGAACUAGUUGAUGGGUUAAUUUAAUUAAAUAUUGCCAUGCUUAG